CAAGCGUCUCGUACUUCAAAGCGGAACUGAAGUUGACUUUGAACUGUUGUCUUUGUUUCCACACGAACACAUCAUCGCGUUUUAUCAUCCUUACGUAGCGGAGAUGGCAGCCCUCCGGACGGCACUCCAUGGACGACUUGUUCAGGCUCUCCCUUUGUCCUUUGGCUCACUGCGGUUCGCCAGUUCCUUUAAGGCAUCGGACCUCGUCAUCGAACGCAACACAGUAUGCAAGCCGAAGCCCGACCCCUCCGCCUUGGUGUUCGGCAAACAGUUCUCCGACCACAUGUUGACCAUCAACUGGUCGGCGAAGGGCGGCUGGGAGGCGCCUCAGAUCAAACCUUUCCAGAACCUGUCGCUGCACCCGGCCAGCUCUGCCCUGCACUACUCCAUACAGCUGUUUGAAGGCAUGAAGGCGUUCCGUGGAGUGGACAACCGCAUCCGCCUGUUCAGACCCAUGCUGAACAUGGAGAGGAUGCAUCGGAGCUCUGAAAGGAGCAGCCUUCCUCUGUAUGAUAACGGUGAACUGCUCGAGUGCAUCAAGAAGCUGGUGGAGCUCGAGCAGGAGUGGGUCCCCUUCUCCCAGAACGCCAGCCUCUACAUCAGGCCCACCUUCAUAGGAACUGAUCCGUCGCUCGGCGUGGCUCCUCCAGGAGAAGCUAUGAUCUUCAUCAUCGUCGGCCCAGUGGGACCUUACUUUGCCACGGGGUCCUUCAACCCCGUGUCCCUGCUGGCGGACCCUUCAUUCGUCAGGGCUUGGAAAGGAGGCGUCGGGGCCUAUAAGAUGGGAGGUAACUACGGCGCCACAAUAGCGGUGCAGAACGAGGCCGUGAAGCGAGGCUGUCAGCAGGUGCUGUGGCUGUAUGGAGAGCAGGAGCAGAUCACCGAGGUCGGCACCAUGAACCUCUUCAUCUACUGGACCAAUGAGAAAGGAGAGAAAGAGCUGUUUACUCCUCCUCUGGAUGGCAUCAUUCUCCCAGGAGUCACCAGGCAGUCUCUGCUGGACUUGGCCAGAACCUGGGGUGAGUUUAAGGUGACGGAGCGCACGAUGGGCAUGCAGGAGCUGCUGGGGGCUCUGGAUGCCGGGAAGGUCCUGGAGGUGUUUGGAGCCGGGACGGCCUGCGUCGUGUGUCCCGUCGGCAGCCUCCUCUACGGAGGAAAGACUUAUCAGAUCCCCACCAUGCAGAACGGGCCGGACCUGGCGAAGAGGUUCCACAAAGAGCUGACUGAUAUUCAGUACGGACGCAAAGCAAGCGAAUGGGCACCGCUGGUCGUUUAACGGCUGUAUUGAACAUGCCAGUUGUAUCAUGAUUCCAGUUUGGAGACCAGCAGCCCCCCCUCUCCCCCUCCACCCACUCUGAAUCCACUAAUGAACUCCUGCUCACCCACCAACCGAGGAGACGGAAGCUUCUCUCUCCGUUCUUCUCGGAUAACUUUUCCCCGUUUCUUUUGUGUGUGGACUCUCGUAGGACUACGGUUGGUGGUUUGAAUGCAACAGCUGGCUUUGGGAAGCAAUAAUGACAACGAUAUGCAAUGUUUUGACCUGGCACUUAACUCUGAGGUCGGCGCGACAAAGCAGGAAAAGCAGCUGUCAUUGGACGGGAAAGAACACAAGCAAAUGCAGCCCGAUGAUUAAACAUGAAGAGGUGACGUGGCUGGUGGUGAUGUAUUGUAUAUCACACACACAAGCACAUCCAAAUCUCUAAGUUAAUUGGGUCAAUUUUGCAAAAAGAAUACACUCCAUUCAUGUGUUUGUCCUCAUAAUAACUCCGAUUAACGCCUUGUGAGGACAGUGCGUAUAGUUAAUAGCACAAACGUCAUUAACAAUAUAAAAAGGCACAAACUGACAUAUUUUAAUCAUAAGAAAUAUUUGCAAAUUUAAAGUAGCUAUAUAAUCCGUGUUUAGGACGGUUAACCUCU